GCAGCUGUUGGUCUCCCGUCACAGAGGAAAUACUUGUUGUCGCUCAAUAUCCCUACCAGCCAAUUUUCACCAAACCCUCGAAUGUGGAUUGACACUCAAGAAUGUUCGAAACAACAAAAACUAUACAGAAGACUUAUUCGAUCCGUUUUGUCAGUUAUGCUUGGCCAAGAAAACAACGAAGAUAACGAUAGCUGCAGCAAGAAAGGCCAGAAGCAAAAGCACCAUAUCAAAGAUGAUGGAAGCGAUCCUGUCCACAAAAUUACCGCUGAGAUUGUUGAAAUAGAAAUGAAUCUUGCUAAGAUGUCUCUGGAUGCAAUACAGGAAGCCGAAGGCAGUUUCAGUGUGGACAGCAUAAAAAACUGGCAGGAAAAAUUUGGUGAAGGAAUAUUACUUUAUGAGAGCCUUCUCGCUGACAUUAGCAAGGCAAGGGGUGAUUUGGAGAAAUCAGAUGAAAUAAUUGUUCACAACUUGAAAUAUUUUCAAUCCUUAUCUAAAUAUCUGGAGCGUCUCGACAAAAGGAAAUUCCACAAUUACGUUGGCUGGUGGUUCAUACGUGAAAUUGCCGACGUAUUAACAUUAACUGUACGUGAAAAACUUAACCAGUUUCUACAACAGACAACGAAGCCUGGCAUUGCAGUGACACUUGAUCAGAAUACCUGCGUAAAAAAGCUCAUCGGUUAUAAUGGCAUAAUGGCUAAAGGCAUCGCUUUCUUGUACCUCAAACGUUAUUUUCAGGUUGCGUCCGUGAGAAAAGCCGGCAAGGUGGCGCGACGCAUUAAAGAGGGAUUCUUGGAAGUUAUCAGUGAUAACGCAUGGAUGGAUCAAACAACAAAAUAUAAAAUGAAAACGUGGGUACGUUGA